GCUAACCUCCGUAGCGGCAGCAGCAGCGAUGGCAACCGGGCGGUGAGACACAUGUAGCCGCAGCAGCAGCAGCAGCAGCCUGGGAGCCCUAAAACAGUGACCCCGGGGCGGACAGAAGGCAUACAAGCACCAUGUCUCGCCACAGAAAUGUUCGUGGUUACAACUACGAUGAAGACUUCGAGGAUGAUGACAUGUACGGACAGUCUGUGGAGGACGACUACUGCUGCAUUUCACCAGCAACAGCGAAUCAGUUCAUCUACUCUCGUCAGGAGAGACAAACACCGAAAGAGGAGCCUCUGGAGGAGGAAGAAUAUGAGGAGGAGGAUGUUCCCAUGUCUCCCACUGUCAGCCACAACCUGGACCCCCUGGAUCAAGCCAAGCUGUACUCCUGUCUGGACCACAUGCGGACCGUGCUGGGAGACGCCGUACCGGACUCGGUUCUGACCCAGGCCGCCAUCAGAUGUGGCUUCGACCCUCAGAGGGCUCUGGACGCCGUUCUGUCUGAAGACUCUAAAACGGCUCCAGUCACCAGGACUACGACCGAGGAGAAAACUCCGGCGGCGAAGGAGAAAACGCCGCUUCCCCAACGAACCAAACCGGAGGCUGAGAAAGCUAAAAGCAGAGAUGCUGGAAACAAACUGGACUCCGAGGUGGUUCCUAAAGUGGCCCGAAUGACCGUCUCUGGAAAGAAGCAGACGAUGGGCUUCGACGUUCCCAGCUCCGGGGAGAACGGCGUCGUCUCAGCUCCUGUCCGUCGAGGCGGCAGCCCUGAAAACGUGACCCCUGCCCCAGACUCUGCCUCCAAGCGUCCUGAGACGCCGUCUAAAGCUUCGAACGGAGACGAAAUGCCGGCUGCUCCGACUCCGGGUCGAUCCUCCGGAAAGACUCGGCAUGCGAUUAACGUCAAGGCGGAGCUGGAGAAGAGACAAGGAGGAAAACCUCUGCUGAACCUGGUGGUUAUCGGUCACGUGGAUGCAGGUAAGAGCACCCUGAUGGGUCACCUGCUCUACCUGCUGGGCAACGUCAACAAGAGGACCAUGCACAAGUACGAGCAGGAGUCCAAGAAGGCCGGCAAGGCUUCGUUCGCCUACGCCUGGGUCCUGGACGAGACCGGAGAGGAGAGGGACAGAGGAGUGACGAUGGACGUGGGAAUGACCAAGUUUGAGACGGACUCUAAAGUUGUGACUCUGAUGGACGCUCCGGGACACAAAGACUUUAUUCCCAACAUGAUCACUGGAGCUGCUCAGGCCGACGUGGCGGUUCUGGUUGUCGACGCCAGCAGAGGAGAGUUCGAAGCCGGAUUCGAGGCCGGAGGUCAAACCAGAGAACACGCUCUGCUGGUCCGGUCCCUGGGGGUCACCCAGCUGGCCGUGGCCGUCAACAAGAUGGACCAGGUAAACUGGCAACAAGAACGUUUUCAGGAAAUCGUCUCCAAACUGGGACAUUUUUUGAAACAGGCAGGAUUCAAGGACUCGGACGUCUUCUACAUCCCCACCAGCGGUCUGUCAGGAGAGAACUUGGCCUCCAGGAGUUCAGUGUCUCAGCUCACCUCCUGGUUCUCUGGACCCAGUCUGGUGGAGCAGAUUGAUGCGUUCAAGGCCCCUCAGAGAUCUGUAGAUCAGCCGUUCAGACUCUGUGUCUCUGAUGUGUUCAAAGAUCAGGGUUCAGGUUUCUGUGUCACCGGGAAGAUUGAAGCUGGUUUUAUUCAGACGGGAGAUAAAAUCCUGGCGAUGCCUCCCAACGAGACGUGCACCGUCAAAGGAAUCAGCCUCCAUGAUGAGGCUCUGGACUGGGCAGCAGCUGGAGACCACGUCAGUCUGACCGUCACCGGGAUGGACAUCAUCAAGAUCAAUGUGGGGUGUGUCUUCUGUGAUCCCAGAGAACCAAUCAGAGUUUGUUCCAGAUUCAGAGCCAGAAUUCUGCUCUUCAACAUUGAGGUUCCGAUAACUCAAGGAUUCCCAGUGUUGCUUCACUACCAGACGGUCAGUGAACCGGCAACCAUCAAGAAACUGAUCAGUGUUUUACACAAGAGCAGCGGAGAAGUUCUCAAGAAGAAACCAAAGUGUCUGACUAAAGGGAUGAACGCUGUGGUGGAGGUCCAGACCCAGAGGCCAGUUUCUCUGGAGCUCUAUAAGGACUAUAAGGAGCUCGGACGCUUCAUGCUGAGAUACGUUGGAUCAACCAUCGCAGCCGGAGUCGUUACCGAGAUCAAAGAUUGAGGAUCUUCAUGGAGACUGAAGUUUCUGAAGCUUCAUCUGAUCUUCAUCCAUCAGAACCUAAAACCUCCACAGCUGCUCUGAACAUCUGGAUCUCCUCCAUCUGCUGCCAACCGAUCAGUGAAUCAGUCCUGAAACGACGCUGAAGCUGAUUUAAGAGUCACAGAACUACGUUGCAUGAUGAUGAUGAGAAUUAGGAACCAGAGGCUAAAGGACAUUGAUUUAUUAUGUUUAAAGAACAAAGUCUGAGGAGAUGUUUAACAACCUGAAACUUUCUGUUCAUGAAAAAUGAUUAAAUUCUUCUGAAGGAG